GUGUUUGGCCGAUUAUUGUACGUCGUUUUGUGAUUGAUUAUUAAAAUCCUGCAACUUCUAAAUAAAUUAGACAAAUCUACUUUAGGGUGUGCUAGCUCGGAGUGUUCUACUUUAACAGUAAUAACCGAUUUGCCGCAUGUUCGACGAUAACAAAAUGAACCAUCCUCAAGGGGAUAAUAUAUGCCCGCCGGCGCACUUAAGAGUCAUAUUACCAGCGUCAAUAGACUCGAAUAUGCAACCACAUUUCGUAGAUAUGAACAAUACACAGGACAUCCCCCCCCCGCAGGCGGACUUCUCCGCCCCCCCGCCGUACGAUGUGGCCGCCAACUCAAAGCUCCCCACCUACGAGGAGGUGCAGCGAGAGAAACAGAUGGAAGGGGAGUUACCACAGAUGCAAGGUCCUCCGCCGCCUCUCCCCACGUUUGCGGCGUUCGUCACAGUGGAGCCGACAGAGGGCAGUGCGGAACAACUGGAUCCCGAGAACAGCCUGCUUGGCACCGACGUCAUGUUCCUCACUUCCUUCUUCGUGGCAUUCCUCUUCAACUGGAUCGGGUUCCUGCUACUGAUGUGUUUCUGCCACACGGUGGCGUCCCGCUAUGGAGCCCUGGCCGGCUUCGGGCUCUCGCUGGCCAAGUGGACGCUCAUCGUCAAGCACUCCACGGAGCUGGCCAGCCAUGAGAACUCCUGGCUUUGGUGGCUCAUCAUGGCCUUUGGUAUCCUAAUCUGCGUCCGCGCCAUCAUCCAGUACCUGAACAUCAAGCGCGGCUGGCGCCUGCUCUCCGGCACCGCUCAAGAACGCCUGCUCUUCUUCUACUGAUCUGUCUAUUCUAUCACCUCGGGAUGAUGACGCUUUACGACGGUACUACUUACCCACUCUCACUCUACUACUCCUACCUAGAGUCUACGGUACUGUAUCGUCACUCCGGCACCGCUCAAGAACGCCUGCUGCUCUUCUACUCAUCUGUCUACUGUACCACUACCACGGGUCGAUAGUACGGUACUACCACAGCACAGUAUAAUAAAGAGUACUAUCGUACAGUAUGGCCACUCCCGCCCGGUUACCUCAUAGUUCCUGUCAUA